AUGCAUAACUUCAGCCAGUGGAGAAUCCCACGGUAUAGCCUGCUGAGCAGGUCAUCCUCUUUGGAAGACGAGUCGACAACCGGCUUUCUCCAAGACGGCGAUGCCGAACAUGAAUGGCUCAAAGAAGGGCAUCUACAGCCGACUCCGAAGCCCUUAUACCGGCGACACUCGACUGCAAUCAUAGUCCAUGCGGCGUUGGCAUUGUGCAAUAUAAUGCUUCUUGUUGGGACCUUCCUAUGGCCAAAAGGCAACUACGUGCCCAACGCUGUUCCGACGCCAUUUCAAGAAGCGAUCAGCUAUAGACUCGACGUCCUCAGCGAUGACUCCCGACUGGCGGACAACGGCACUGUCGUCCCUCACUACGACCGUGAGCGUGGACCGCCGUCACCUGAGCUCGAAGCCGCGUGGGAUGAAUUGCUUCAGUACUCCAAUAUACGCCUGUCCAGGGACGAGCUCGGGGCCGACUUUCGCGACAACCCUGCGCUCGUGGAGCUCAGUGAUGGCUCCGGGAUAUACAGCUCGGUUGCCGUUUUCCAUUCCAUCCACUGCAUCAAACGGGUUCGCUAUAUGCUGUAUCCAGAGCACUAUUACGCAAACAAGACAGCAGAGGAAAUGGAUGAGCUGAAGAAGCAUGCCGAGCACUGUCUGAAUUAUUUGCUUCAUUCCGCAAAAUGCAAUGCUGAUCUUACGGUCUUCCCAAUGCAAUGGGGAGCAGGACAGCGAAUCCCAUUUGGAAUCGACCAAGGCCGACACCAGUGCAAGGACUGGGAUCGGAUCCAAGACUGGGCGAAGCAGCGUAGCUUUGACAUUUACAAGCCUGGCUUGAUCAUGCACCCGACUCUGGGGUGGGCGUAUGCGGAUGGGGUGGAGAGGGUCACUGGUGUGGCUAACGACACGCUACUAGCUGAUGCUUUGGAGAAAGAAGAGUGA